AUGUUGCUCUUCAUCUUGCUUUCACUCUUCAGUUUCAGCCUAUCUCUGAGCCUAAAAAUCUGCUCUUUCAAUGUGAGGUCUUUUGGAGAAACAAAAAUAGCCAGACCUGAAGUCGUCGAUGCUGUGGUAAAGAUCAUUUCUCGCUGUGACAUUGUGUUGCUGAUGGAAAUAAAGGAGAGCAAGAACCGGGUUUGUCCUCUUCUGGUGGAGAAGCUCUCCAGUCAGCUGAAGAGGCCUAAGGAAGAAUACAGAUGUGUGGUCAGCGAGAGGCUGGGAAGGAAGAGCUACAAGGAGCAGUAUGCCUUCAUCUACAGGCAACAUCUAGUAUCAGUGAAACAAACCUACCAAUACCAUGACAUCCAGCCUGGGGAUGAGGAUGUUUUCUCCAGAGAGCCCUUCACUGUCUGGUUCCAGUCUCCAAAAACCGCUGUCAAAGAGUUUGCUAUAAUCCCUCUGCACACCACACCAGAGACAGCAGUACGGGAGAUUGAUGAGCUCUAUGAUGUGUAUUUAGAUGUAAAACAGCGCUGGAAAACUGAGAACUUCAUCUUCAUGGGGGAUUUUAAUGCUGGAUGUAGCUAUGUUCCCCAAAAGCAGUGGAAGAACAUCCGGAUGAGGACUUACUCUGAAUUCAUUUGGCUAAUAGGUGACAAAAAUGACACAACAGUGAAGAGAAGCACAAGCUGCCCAUAUGACAGGAUUGUGGUCAGUGGGGAGAAGCUCAUACAUGCCAUUGUGCCACACUCUGUCAACAUCUUUGAUUUCCAGAAGGACUUUCGGAUGACUGAGGAGCAGGCACUGGGAGUAAGCGACCACUUCCCAGUAGAGUUUGAGUUAAAACCAAAAGGUGGCUUCCUCAGCUGGCUGAAAUCAAAGUUUUCAAGGAAGAAGAGAACACGAAAGGGCCACCACUGGAGGUCAUGA